AAUCACUAUUUUCUCCAUACAAAGAACAUUUGUACCUUUUAAAAAAUGCUCAAAGGAAUGUUCUUCGUGUGCCUGUCUCUCAGUCUGUGGACUGCAGGCUCCUCUCUGAGCUGCAGAUGGAUGCAGCAUAAAUUUCAACAGUUCAGUAAACACUCUUUGGAUCUAAUAGAUACCAUGGCUAACAACUCCACCAACACCACUGUGGAUGCUAGAGUGGGCUUCCCUUACCGUCUGUACAAAAAGGCAUCCAAAGCAUCAGCUGAGGACAGACUCCAUUUCCUAGUUCAGAUUCUGAAAGAGGUGGUUGUCCUGUUUGAGGAGGAUACCAGCAAAGCAUCAUGGGAGGAGAACACAGAGGAGAACUUCCUCCAGUUUCUAACCAGGCAGGAACAAGGCCUUCGCUCAUGUAUUGGGACCCACAAGAAUGAGAACAGGAAGCUACACAGGUAUUUCCAAAGACUCUCAAGCCAUGUCCUGAAAAAAAUGGACCACAGUGCUGAGGCCUGGGAGCUGAUCAGGAAUAAGAUGAAAACCCAUCUUGUGAGAGCAGACCUGCUGGCUUGUUCUCUUCUCACCAACUAA